AUGGCAUCCGCGACCAGCUUCUACGACUUCAAGCCGCUCGACAAGCUUGGAAAGGAGGUGCCCCUCGCCGAUUACAAGGGCAAGGUCGUCCUGAUUGUCAACACGGCCUCCAAGUGCGGCUUCACGCCGCAGUAUGCCGGCCUCGAGUCUCUCUACAAGUCCAUCGGCGAGAAGCACCCCGAUCAGUUCGCCGUCCUCGGCUUUCCCUGCAACCAGUUCGGCGCCCAGGAACCCGGCACCGACGAGGAGAUCCAGGACUUCUGCCAGCUCAACUACGGCGUCAGCUUCCCCAUCAUGCACAAGAUCGACGUCAACGGCGACGACUCCGCUCCGCUGUACCAAUGGCUCAAGGAGGAGAAGCCUGGCCUGAUGGGCCUCAAGCGCGUCAAGUGGAACUUUGAAAAGUUCCUCGUCGGCCGCGACGGCAAGGUCAAGGGCCGCUGGGCGAGCACCACCAAGCCCGAGACGCUCGAGAAGAUCAUCCUGGAAGAGCUGACCCAGGAGCAAGCCCCGGCCCCGGAGGGUUGA